CAGCUGUGAGCCCCAGGCCGGGCCAGAGGAGCGCGGCGCCCGCCCGGCGCGGGCCAUGGCGUUCCUGGCCGGGCCGCGCCUGCUGGACUGGGCCAGCUCCCCGCCGCACCUGCAGUUCAACAAGUUCGUGCUCACGGGCUACCGGCCGGCCAGCAGCGGCUCGGGCUGUCUGCGCAGCCUCUUCUACCUGCACAACGAGCUGGGCAACAUCUACACGCACGGGCUGGCCUUGCUAGGCUUCCUGGUGCUGCUGCCCAUGACCAUGCCGUGGGGCCAGCUGGGCCAGGACGGCUGGCUGGGCGGGACACACUGUGUGGCCUGCCUGGCCCCUCCCGCGGGCUCUGUGCUCUACCAUCUCUUCAUGUGCCACCAAGGGGGCAGCGCCGUGUACACCCGCCUCCUCGCCCUGGACAUGUGUGGCGUCUGCCUUGUCAACACCCUUGGGGCGCUGCCCAUCAUCCACUGCACCCUGGCCUGUAGGCCCUGGCUGCGUCCAGCUGCCCUGGUGGGCUACACCGUGCUGUCCGGUGUGGCUGGCUGGCGGGCCCUCACUGCCCCCUCCACCAGUGCCCGGCUCCGUGCCUUUGGUUGGCAGGCUGCUGCCCGCCUCCUGGUGUUCGGGGCCCGGGGAGUAGGGCUGGGCUCCGGCGCCCCUGGCUCCCUGCACUGCUACCUGCGCAUGGAUGCGCUGGCACUGCUUGGGGGACUGGUGAACGUGGCCCGCCUGCCAGAGCGCUGGGGACCUGGCCGCUUCGACUACUGGGGCAACUCCCACCAGAUCAUGCACCUGCUCAGUGUGGGCUCCAUCCUCCAGCUGCACGCCGGCGUCGUGCCAGAUCUGCUCUGGGCCGCCCACCACACCUGCCCCCCAGACUGAGCCACCUCCUGCCUGCCACGUCACCCUCUCUGCAGUCACCUGGGACCGACGAUCGCCCUUCGCUCCUGCUGGUCUGCGAGGGGCUGACUCCCUGGAUGCUUCCAGCAAACUGGACUUCCCAGCUGGAAGCCGUCACCCGUUCGUCUGAUCUUCCCUGUGGACUAGCCUCUUCUACGCACGUCUCAGAGCUCUGGCUUCCCUCCCUGCCUUCUUUCCGGGUACUGUCUGUGUGGGCUAGACGGAAACCUUCCUUCCUAGGCCUCCGUUUAUCCUCCUCUGUGACCUGUGAGGGUGUGGCCAGAGGGACUCUGGGGUCACGUCUGGCUCUGACAGUUGGGAUGCUAUCAGCCCAGAGCCGUGAGCCCACCACCCUGCCCCACAUGUAAGGUACCUCGUGGCUGCCUUGCCCAGCCUUCAGCCCAUAUUUCCUGACCUUUCUGCUCUGCAUGCCAGCCCUCCCUGCAGCCUGAGGCUCACCCACCCCUUCUCCCUUCAUCCAGAGACUGUGGAGUGAGGGGUUUGGGCAACAGGACUAGUCUCUUAUCCCAGGACCAAGGGGUAGGAGGGCGGCUGCAGCUGCUUUUUCCAGGCAGCUAGCACAGAGACAUGAAGCACUGAGUGGCCACUGGGCUGAGGGCCCUCCCUCCACCUCGAGUGCCAUGCUCUGAUGGCUCGACCUACACAGUGGGGACGUGCCUGCUCAGGAAAUCUCUGCUCCACACAGCGCCUGGAUCCUACCUCCAGUCAGCUGGCCUGGGGCCCUGUAUCAGGGCUCAGCCUUGGGGUCACAAACCCCUGGCAACAUCAAUAAAGGGUAGGAAGCGCUGCGUUGCCACACAAGCAAGCUUGGGCGCUCCCAAGAUUCAAAUACAUUUUAUUAGACAUGGGUAGGCAGGAGGCACCAGUGGAGUUCCCAGAGGGAACCCCACCUCCAGGAGGAUUGGGGGGGUGGCUAAAAGGUUAAAAGCGCCAAGGCUGGCUUGUGGACUCAGCCUGGGCCCAGUGAGUCCUCAAACAGGCUGAGAAGGUUCCGAGGUUCGAAGGAGGGGAAGGAGCCCCGAGCGGGCUCGGAGUCAAUGUCACUCAGGUCCAGGGCAUCCCUGGGUGGGAGGGAAGAGAGACAGAUGACACUCAGAGACUGAGAGCCACCACCUCCCACCCCCCUGGACUCAGGGCCUGCUCACCUCAGUGUGUACCUGUUCCGGGGGGCGGGGGAGCCACUGCGGGGGGUGGAGGUGUUCCCAGUAGCCCUGGCCAGGACAGCCUCUGCAGAGAGUGAGAGCCUGCACCGGGUAGCCAGACAAGUAAGGUGUCGAGGGGUGGGGAGUGCACCCGGAGGCCACCACAGCUGGGCGGGGCAGGGAGCCAGCCCCAGGCUCCUCCUGCCAUGGACAGGAGCAGGACCACUGUCAGGACCAGCGGAAACGAGGUGCCCCUUGAGAAAAGCACUUUCACAACUUUGAAAGGCCACCUCUGUUCCGUUUUGGAACACAUGGGUUUGGAGAGCUGGCUUUGAAGUGACCUUGUGGCAAAUGAAGCUUAGCUGGUACUUCAUGUCGAUAUAAAGUGUCCCCAUGGCAAAGGGGUGACAUUUCCUUAAAGAAGGGGUUAAUGGUAUGGUUCCUCCUGAGGGUGGUGCCCAAGCCUGUGGUUUUCUUUUGUAACAGUUCCUUAAUGACAGCCUCUCCUCUGGCCACCAGGUACCUAGAACCGAGGAGUUUCCCAGGGCGCAGCUCCCCAGGCUGUGAGAGGACAGUACCUCAUCUGUGAGCACCGGCAGCCCCUGCUGUCAUGGGAGCUGUGGCCCCCACCCUGCUCCCUGCUCUGGGCUUGGAAGGGACAGCUGCAUUCAAACAGGGCAGGCUGUACCCCCACUGGCCUCGAUUCCCUUCCCAGGGCAUGAUGGGGGCCAGGUUUGUGGGAGGGGUCUCUCCCUGCUAAUCCUCCUGGGUCUGGGACCUGGCGCUGUUGACCACCCCUAUCCCCCGCCCCCAGCACCCUCAGCUCUCACCCACCCUCAGCUCUCACCCACCCUAUGCUGUCAUCAUCCCAGCUGCUGGAGAGGCUGCUAUCCAGGAGGAGGCUGCAGGGUGGGGAGCCAGGCGGGGUGGCUGGUGGGCUCGGCGGCUGCAGCCAGCUGGCGGGGUGAGCCAAUCCGUGCCAGAGCCAGCACAGCAAGGAAAGCAGGGCCUGUGGGGACAGGGAUGGUGGAGGCAGGUCAGACCCUGGCACUGGGGAGCAGGGUGGGGCAUCCUGCCACCAUCGCCUGACUUACCUGCCACAGGGCCCACCCUCGGCUGAGGGCAUCGGCAGCCACGUACCACAGAAUGCUCCAUGGCCGAGGCCGCCUGAGCAUGGGCAGAGCCAGCAGGGCCUCAGCGGUGGCCCGCAGCUUGGGGUCAGGUUCCAGCAUCAUGGUGAGGACAGAACGCAGCUCGGAAGAUAGGCCUGUCCACAGGGCAGGGCCGUGUCAGGGGCGACUGGGCCUGGAGGCCAGUGGUCCCCACCGCCAGCCAUGCCAUCCCCCAGGACCCCCCUGGUGGGAGGUAGCACCAUCCCCGACCUCCACUUACCAGCAGUGAACUCAGGGGGCAGGUAGCCCUGGCGAAGCUGCUGCCAGCCCUCCCCACCGUGGGGCAGCUCCAUAUUGCAUGCCACUUCCAGGACGGUGAGACCCAGACUGGGAAGGACGGGGACAGGAACAGAAGAGGCAAGGUUGGCCUUGGGACCCGGAUUCCAGAAGGGCUGCUGUCUUCCACCCCGAUCCAGGGAAGUGGGGAGGGAGCAGUGAGGGGUCCUGAGAAGGCCCCAGGAGGUCCAAUGGUGGGACCAUGGUGUGGGGCAUGGAGCCCACACACAGCACAGGCUGCCCACCAGCCGGUGAGCCAUCCUGCACCGCUCACUGGACAGGCACUGGGUCUGCUCAUGUUCCUGUCCCCACUCUGUUGAUAAAGCUGGAUAUGGCUGCUAGAGGCCAAACAGCAUUACUGGCAGGGACAAGGGAGCCCAGUGCCAGGUCCAGUCCCUGUAAAUGCAGUAAUCAUCCCUCCUGUGGAGGUGCAGUGAGGAAGUGGAUAGAUUCAUGUAAAGUGGCUCCAGAGGGUUUGCUGCUUAGACAGCCUGACUGCAGAACCCCCUCAGCCUCAGGGCAGGCCUCCACCCCUUUGGGGCAGGAUGUUCAGCCCGAGGCCGGGGUUCCUGACUUUGGGCUAGGGUGGGGCUUCCCUCCCUCGGGCAACUGCAGCCCCCACCCCCGGCACCGCCCCCCGCCCCCCUCCCAGCCCUCACCUGAACACGUCGGCUGCUGUCCCGUAGGAGCCCUGCAGCAGCUCCGGGGCCAUGUAACGGGGGUCUCCCUCCUGGGCCUCACCAGCUCCAGACGUACCCAGCUCAACCAGCAGCCCAAAGUCACCCAGCUUGCAACGGCCCCGGGGCCCCAGGAAGAUGUUGGCAGGCUUGACGUCAAGGUGGACCAGACCUUGGCCGUGGAGGUGAGCCAGGGCCAGCAGGGUAUCUCACAGGUAGCCCCAGACCUGGGCCUCUGGCAGGCCGGUGCCCCAGGCCUCACAGUGCUGCUGCAGGCUGGGCCCGCACAGCUCGGUCUGCAAGUACAGGAUGCCGCCCUCCUCCCAGGCUUGCUCCAGCCGCACACAGCGCGGGUGCUGCCCCACCUUCUCGUGGCCGCCAACCUCAGCCAGCUUGCGGGCCCGGUCCUUGGGGCCCCGGAACGGUGACAUCGAGCGCUUUAUUGCAUAGAGCCGGCCAUCUUCCUUGGAGCGCACCUGGAAGGGAGGCGGUGCCCACAGGUGGGACGGGAGGUGGCAUGACCACUUAGAAUGACUAUCUGGCAGGUUCUAUUAAGAAUUUACAAGUGUGGAAGUUGCAGCAUGGCAUCUACCUUAGAGAGACCCGCGCGCACACAAUUGCAUAAAUGGAUAAACCACUAUGAGCUCUAAGCAUUGGGCUAAAAGCGUGUCCGUGGCACGCAGUUAUGUGAAGAAAGCUGGCUACAGAACCAUGUGGGCAGUAUGAUCCGCUGUGUUGAAGAUGAGUUUGUCUCUAUAUGGUCAACUCUGGAGAUGUACAGAGAAGGGUCUGGAAGGAGGGACACCCACCUGAGAAGCACAGUAGUUUCCUCUGGGAAGAACUGGUCUACAGACCUAUGUUGUUUGUACUUUUUAACCACAAAAUUAUCUCCAUGUAGUACUUGUGUAAGCAGAAUCACCAUUUUAAAGAAAAUAUAAAUGACUAGAAAUAUAUUUUAAGAAAAAAAAAAAGUGGCAUGGAGGGGGUAGCCUGAGUGCCUGCCGGCCAAAGGGGUGGGGAAGCGUGUGCCCUACAGACAGGGCUGGCUCCAGGGCAGGAGAGAAAGCAGCCAGGAGCCUGUAAGGCGUGCCAGACUGUGGACAAGGGUGAGUGUGUAUUGAGAGGCCUGUGGGAGGGGAAGGCGAAAGCAGUCGAAUCAAGCACUGAGGAACGGAGCAUGUCAACCUGUGAGAAGCAGGCUGCCCAGGACAGUCCCAUCCAGGCAGGGGUGAGAGGUGGGGCAGGGGGCAUCCCCCAGCAAGCCCAAGGAGUCGUCUCCCCACUCACCUUGAAAACCUCUCCAUAAGAGCCAUGGCCCAGGCGGCCAAGCCUCUGGAAGCUCUGUUGGAAAAAGGACUCUGGCCGGCUUGGGUCAUAUGAGGGGCUCUGUAGGGUCUCAGAGGCUUUGCCUCGAAAUGACACCCUCCGGGGCUGGGGCUGGUGCCAGCCUGGCGUCCGGGGAGGAAAGAGACGGCUGAUGGGGAUGCUGCCUUUGGCAGGGGGCCGGGGCGGGAGGCUCCGACUGAGCCCCCCAGGCCUCUUGAGGGAGAAGCCAGGUUCUGCGUGACGGAAGUAGGCUGGCACUGGGACAGGGGUACCACUCAGGGGUGGAGGGGUGCCCUCUGUGGGCACAGGCAUGACCAGCGCAGGAGGUCCUGAGGUGCACAGCACGGAGCAGUGUGUCCACUCAAACAGUGCCUGGUUCUGUGGCCCCAAAGAGGCCUUGGAAGACAGCCACGUCCACUCUGCUCACACGUUCUGCUUUACACAUGGAGGCCACAGGGACGAGCACCUGCUGGGAGAAGGCAGGGGACAGAUAUACAUAGGCCUGGACAGAGUUGUCUGUACCCUGGAGGUCGUAGAAGCAUGAACUGAAAAACCCACGGCCAUGUCCUAGAGACUUCCACAGUCCAGCAGAGGUUAAGCUGAGGCACGUUCUGGAGCUGGACCGCCUGAAUGUGUAUCCCUGCCACAUCCAGGGCCACAUAAGGGCAAACAAACCAGCUGUUUGGCUUUAAAAUAUGCACCUUCUUCCAAAAAUGGAAAGUGGAAAUAUUAACACAGGCCCACCAGCCCUUAUCUCUAAUUCAAAAGUAAAAACAAAGGUCUGAAACCAA